CCGUGAAAUUGAUAAUCCGUUGCGGAUGCCGAGCGCCCUUCGCUCCCUCGUCGCUCCCGCGACCUCCGAGAACAAGCAGAAAAAGAGGAAGAGGAGGCGGCGGAUCGGCGAAUCUCCUCGUCAAAUAUCUUCCCGCGCGGCAGUCGACGGAGAAGAACAACAUGUGGGAGAAGAAGAGGAGGGGGAUGAGGGAGCGGAAGAAGGGUUUAAGCUCAAAGCGGCCGCUUCUCCGACCAUCCAGCCCCUGGGCAACCUCCUGCUCGCGGACCCGUCGGCCAACAUCCGCGACCGGGGCCUCGGCACCCUCCGCGCCCUCUCCGACGAGCUCCUGCUCGACGUCCUCGGCCUCCUCCGCGGCAGGGACCUCGCCGUCUUGUCGACCGUCAGCAAGUCCUUGUACGUCUUCUCCACCCACGAGCCCCUCUGGCGAAGCCUCGUCCUCGACGAGCUUGAGGGCCGCUUCUCCUUCGCCGGCUCCUGGAGGUCCACCUACGCUUCCGUCGUCAGUCCCCUCCUCCCCGACCAAACCCCUCCCUCCUCCCUCGCCGUCAGCAACUUCUACUCGGAUUACCUCUUCCAGAGCUGGCUCUGCGCCAACAUGGAGAUGAAGCCCGAGUGGGUGGCGCGGGACAACAUCGAGAGGGGGCGGGGCAUCUCCGUGGACGAGUUCGUGGCGCGCUUCGAGGAGCCCAACAAGCCCGUCCUGCUUGAGGGAUGCCUGGACGGCUGGCCUGCGCUCCGCAAGUGGACCCGCGCACACCUGCUCCGGGUCUGCGGCGACGUCGAGUUCUCGGUGGGGCCCGCGCAGAUGACGCUCCGCCGCUACUUCCGGUACGCCGACGCAGCCAAGGAGGAGCGGCCUCUGUACCUCUUCGACCCCAGGUUUGCAGAGAAGGUCCCCGAGAUGGAUUCGGACUACCAAGUCCCCGUCUACUUCAGGGAGGAUCUGUUUGCCUUGCUGGGCAGGGAGAGGCCCGAUUACAGGUGGGUCAUCAUUGGGCCGGCUGGGUCGGGCUCCUCGUUCCACGUCGACCCUAACUCCACGUCGGCCUGGAAUGCGGUGGUCAGCGGGUCGAAGAAGUGGGUGAUGUUCCCGCCGGAGGUUGUGCCGCCAGGUGUCCACCCCAGUCCCGACGGGGCUGAGGUGGCGUGUCCCGUCUCCAUCAUGGAGUGGUUCAUGAACUUCUACGAGCAGUGCAAGACGUGGAGGAAGAGACCAGUCGAGUGCAUUUGCAGGGCAGGAGAGGUCGUUUUUGUGCCCAAUGGUUGGUGGCAUUUGGUUAUCAAUCUUGAGGACUCCGUUGCCAUCACCCAAAACUAUGUGAGCAAGAGAAAUUUGUUGAAUGUUCUGAAUUUCCUUGGGAAACCCAAUGCAAGUGAACUUGUCUCUGGAACCAAAGAUAGGGUCAAUCUAUACGAGAAAUUUAGAAAUGCCAUUGAUGCUGCUUUCCCUGGACUUAUUAACCGGCUAGAACUUAAAGCCCAAGAGAAAACCUCUGAGAAGAAAAAGCAGUCAUUCUGGGAAUCAGUUACUGAUGCAAAUGCUGGAGGAUUCAGGUUUUCUUUCUGAACCAUUCGAAAGUGGACUCAUUUAGAGGUUCUUAAUUGUAGAAGAUAUGCAUCUCCUCGUCAUCUUGGUUAACUACUACUGGAGUUUUCUUUCUCAAGUACGAAUCAUUGCAUUGAUUUGCCCACAAAAUUUAUCUUUUUUCAUCUGUACUAGAAAGUUGUUCAGGAGAAGAAAUUAAGAAUCUUCUCAGAGAUUACUCUGUCUAUGCUGAGAAAACAUAUAUUUUGCACUUUGUAUUGCACUGCAGCGGUUUCCCCAAAAGCUGCUUUUGUUUUUUAUUUUAUUGUUUUUAUUAAUCACUAAUGAUUCUGUUUACAUGGUGUUUUCAUAA